AUGUGGAAGCGUGCUUCCUUUUCAAGUGGUACACAAACCGACAUGAAGGCACCUCUUACACAAACAACCACCAUUGAUAAAAAGCAGGUAGAUCACGCAAUCACUUUAAUCAAUGUAGCUACGGAUAUGAAUAACUCUGGAAAUCAACAAAUGGCGAUUGAUCUUUACAUGAUGGGUCUUGAUAAACUCAUGUGUGCUUUGCCCUUGGAGUCCGAUCCUUCCGUAAAGAGCGCACUCGAGAGAAAAUUGGUCGAAUUAAAAGAACGUCAUCAACUCAGUCUGAUUUCCUUGAAUGACCUUUUAGGUCCAGAAGAAGAACAGGAUGAUGAUGAUCAAUCACGACCUAUUCGUACUCAGAUUUCAAACUUGGUCAUCAAUGCUGCUGUUCUUAGUGCUGUCGCAUUGAAGAAAAGCCCAAUUCCAGAUGCAAUUUCAACUGUCAUGAACUUUGCUGUUGACGGCAUGCAAACCAUGGAUGAAAAACAUCAAAUUCGUCAACGUACUUGGGACUUGGCUGCUCGAGGUGUUGGAAAAGCUGUCCAAAUCGAUCGUCAAUUUGAGAUUCAUCAGAUGGUCACUGGUGCUGUUUACACUGGUUUUACGGCUUUUGUCAAGGCUGGUUUAGCUUAUGCUGAAACACCUACAAAUUAA